CUAUAUUUUCCGAUAUUUUCUUUCAGAUUUCGCAGUUUUGUUCUCGGUAUUUUAUCAUUAACCACAUUCUAUCUUUAAUUUCAAAAAUGAUUCUAAAUGAAAUGUAAUUGCUGUGAGAAAAUGAUACACAAGUGGUGGCAUAGGUUUGUUCGGCGAAGAACCAAGCCCAUCCCUGAAGAUCAAGCUGUUUUAUGGAAACGCCGGCUUAGCAUAGCUUACGGUCUGUUAGCUUGGAAUGCAUUUGGUUUGGUUGCGUAUAGUGCUUACCAGGGCAAAGCAGAUUGGGCUCAUUAUUAUGGACUAAAAACAGACGAAGAAGCUUCCGCGCCACCAGGUCUGGCAUGGGCUAAAACUCUAGGAAUAAAGAAUGCAAAGGUCUAUAGAAUUUCUGGAUUCACUAAAGUUGAUGAAUAUGAUAUUGUAGAAGGUGAAAGAGUCCAAAACAACAACAAUGAGAAGAAACAUGAUGACGAAAUUCUGCAGGAAUAAAAAGUAUUUCCUAUAGUUUUUUUUUGUAGAUUGAUGUAAAUAUAUAAUUUAAUUACAAGUACA